AUGAGGGCCCAGCCUUUUUCCCAAAAGGUCGCUAUUCAAACCGUAACGUAUAUCGGCUGUUAUAAAGAUAAACGUCAUCAACGCAUUUUAAAUGGUCUAUCACAACCGUUUGUUUCAAAUUCUAUGACAGUGGAGAUGUGUACGAAUUAUUGUGCAGAGCACGCAUUUCUUUAUGCAGCAGUACAAUUCAGUACCGAAUGUUAUUGUGGCGUGGUGUAUAACUAUUCAAAUGCUCAAGAGCAAUCUUCUUGCUGUUCAUGGUUGUGUGCUGGUAAUAGAAAUGAAACAUGCGGAGGAGAAUUAUGUAAUUCUGUUUAUCAAACAAACUUAACAGUAACUAUUAUAAAUUCUCAAUAUGCUGGUUUAUCUUCUACACUGUCAAAUGGUUUUACUUUUUCUCCAUCGCCAUGCAAAAGCAAUCCAUGUCAAGCUGAUGGUAUCUGCAGUAGUACUUACACAGCUUUGGUGAAUGAAACAUAUACGUGCAAAUGUAAACAAGGACGACUAGGAUUAAAUUGUGAACACCUUGAUCCAUGUCGACUGUCAACUGUUUGUCAAUAUGGUCAAUGCUUAUCUUAUUCUAAUGGUUCAUUUGGAUGUUUGUGUCAAAAUAGUUCGUGUCUGAACGGUGGUGAAUGUAAUGCACAUCAACUAACAACAUUAAGUUGUAAGUGUCCAUCGGAAUUUCAUGGUGAACGCUGUGAAUUGAAAUGUGGAUGUCAUCACGGUGGUCGAUGCAUAAUUAGUCAAAAUAAAACAAUGUGUCGAUGUGAUGAAUCAAGAUUCUAUGGAAAUAUGUGUGAAUUUAUUUCCCCUUGUGCUUCGCAGCCAUGUUAUUUUGGUGGAACAUGUUUGAGAAACGGAACAAAUUUUUCUUGUAAAUGUCCAUCAAAUAAAAUUGGCUUACAAUGUGAAGUAAAUGAUCCAUGUCAACAAAAUCUAUGUUCUGUCAAUAGUACAUGUUACCGAGUGAAUGAUAAUAAUUUCAAAUGUGUGUGUGAUCAAGUGCAUACUGGUUUGUAUUGUAAUGAAAUUGUUCCUAUGAUUAAUCGUUAUGGUAUAUUUCAUAGUCCGUGUGUUAAAAAUCAAGAUUGCAAUUCAACAUUGGGUUUAGUCUGUUUCAAAGAAAAACGAUGCGCAUGCGCUGAUGGUUAUACAUGGACGAUUGAUAAACAAAAACCACAAAUUGUUGGAAAGUGCGAUCCAAUUAAUGUUUGUUUGCAAUCGUCUCCAUGUCAAAACAAUGGACAAUGUAUAGCGAAAAAUGGCACUUCAAAUUAUACGUGUUUAUGUUCAAAUAACUAUUCAGGAAGACAUUGUCAAACGAGACAAUUUCGUGAUCGUUCAUCUCUAUGCUACGAAGGUUUUUGUUUGAAUGGCGGUAGAUGUUAUAUGACAGAUAUGGGUCAUAUUGAAUGUUCGUGUCCACCUGGUUACAUGGGAAAAUAUUGUGAUAUCACCAUUGGCCCAUGUUAUUCAAAUCCAUGUCCACACGCUGAUAGCGUCUGCUUAAGUGUACAAGAUGGAUACAUUUGUUUGUGUAAUGAUAAUCAAUUAUUAGAGCCCUAUUGUAAUGUUAGCAAAUAUUGUCCGGGUACAAUUUGUAAUGGCAGAGGAAUAUGCUACAAUACAAUUGAACAAAAUUCGUAUUGUCGCUGUUUGGAACCAUAUUCUGGCACACAUUGUACACUGAUUGACACUUGCAGCAGUAAUCCUUGUGAUGCGUCAGCAACAUGUAUUCCAAUGGAACUUGGCUCUUAUUGUGCGUGUCCCCCAAAUAGAACUGGUCCAACAUGUUCAGAAAGCAAUCGUUGUGAAAAUGAAGUUAAAAUUGAAAUUAUUAGUCCAUGUCAAAAGGAUUCAUGUUCUCAGGCUGGAACAUGUAUCGAAAACCAAAUGGGUGGAUUUACGUGCCAAUGUUUUAAUGGAUUCGCAGGAAAUAGAUGCAAAGAUAGAGGUGAGAAAGAAGAUCCGGUUUAUGUAUAUGAUCCAAAUUCACGUACUCGUACACCUAUAACAAAUACUCAUGGUUCAAAAACAUCUCGACGAACAUAUCGAGAAUAUGCAAAUCCGGGUUUUAUUACAACGAAUGAUCUGUUGAAAGAAUAG